UAACAUUCUCUAACAACGCCGUCAUCCUCUCCUAAGCUAACAAAAACGCAGUGACACACGGAGAAGCAAAAAAAAAAAAAAUCAGAGAAUGGAUCAGCGAGCUCCGAACUUACUAGACGAAGCCCUAGGGCUUGUGGACGAAGAAAAGACAAAGCCUUGGCCGCUAAGCAGCCGAGUUGUUCUCGUGGAGGACCGAGUCGAGACUAGCGGCGCUUUUGUUCUCCACCACCUCCUCAAGCGUGCUCUCUCCCCUCACUCCUCUAACGACGUCGUUGUCUUCCUCGCUUUCUCUCAGCCCUUCUCUCACUACGACCGCGUCCUCAGAAAACUCGGUUGCAACUUAACUGCCCAAAGAGAGAAUAACAGAUUCUUUUUCCUUGACUUGCUCAUGUCAGAGUUUCCAGAUGGAGAUGAAGGAAAUAAAGAUGGGCUUGUUGCUUUGUAUGGGAAAAUUGAAAAAGUGGUCAGUACCUCAUUUCAAGAAAACAAGAAGUGUAUUACCAUUGUUAUAGAUGAUUUCUCUCUUAUGGAGGUGGCUGCUAAUGGCGCUACAAAUUAUGUCUUAGACUUUCUGCGUUACUGCCACACAUUAACAUUGGCAUUUGGUUGUUCUUUAGUUGUCCUUAACCACGAGGAUAUAUAUUCAAGCAUAGAGAGACCUGCACUUAUUUUACAGAUGGAGUACCUUGCAGACAUUCUAAUAAAGGCAGAACCAUUGGCCACUGGUUUGGCCACAGAUGUGCAUGGACAGUUGACAGUUUUAAACAAGGAAAUAAGGGAUGAGCAGGGGAGCUCAAGAAACAAGAUAUGUAAUUUUCACUUCAGGGUCAAGGAGAACGGUGUUGAAUAUUUUUAUCCUGGAAGCAAAACUUGAUGAGACACCAUCUAAUUGGGAAAGUCAAGAUAAGAUGGAGAAAUGAGUUUAGGGAAACUAGAAACAUAACCUGUUAUCCACUCGUCUGUUUGUUAUAACUAAUGGGGAUGACUUGGUAUGUCAGUUACAAGAGAUAAAUUCUCCUCUUUUAAAGACCCUGCGGAGUGUAUUGCAUUCAAGUUCAUAUGCAGACCAUGUAUUUGUAUUUGUAUAAGAAUUGAAUCAAUCCCAAGUUUCCAAUCAAAUUCAAAUACAAGGACUCACGAUAAGCUUUUACAA